AACCAAUUCAUCUCUCCCACUUGAUUUUUCAUCUCCAACACAAAAACCAAUCCAUUAGAGAGAGAACUCACAAAACAUACUUCGAAUUCCCAUUGUUUAAAAGACGAAGAUAAUGGAUUUCUCCGGUUUGUUUCUCACUCUCUCCGCGGCGGCUCUGUUUCUCUGUUUACUCCGAUUUAUCGCCGGAGUCCGCCGUAGCUCCUCCACGAAACUCCCUCUUCCUCCGGGAACAAUGGGUUAUCCUUACGUCGGCGAAACAUUCCAACUUUACUCACAAGACCCUAAUGUGUUCUUUGCAGCAAAACAGAGAAGAUACGGAUCGGUGUUCAAGACUCAUGUAUUGGGAUGUCCAUGUGUGAUGAUCUCGAGCCCUGAAGCAGCGAAAUUCGUAUUGGUUACAAAGUCUCAUUUGUUUAAACCGACUUUUCCGGCCAGUAAAGAGAGGAUGCUUGGAAAACAAGCCAUCUUCUUCCAUCAAGGAGAUUAUCAUUCCAAACUUAGAAAGCUUGUUUUAAGAGCUUUCAUGCCUGAUGCAAUCAGAAACAUGGUCCCUCACAUUGAAUCAAUUGCUCAAGAAUCACUCAAUUCUUGGGAUGGAACUCAACUCAACACUUACCAGGAAAUGAAAACAUACACUUUCAAUGUUGCGUUAAUCUCAAUACUCGGCAAAGACGAAGUUUAUUACCGAGAAGAUCUAAAACGAUGCUACUACAUUCUAGAGAAAGGUUACAAUUCGAUGCCGAUUAAUCUUCCAGGAACAUUAUUCCACAAAGCCAUGAAAGCUCGCAAGGAGCUAGCUCAAAUCCUCGCUAACAUCUUAUCCAAAAGAAGACAAAACCCAUCAUCACACACAGAUCUCCUCGGAUCAUUCAUGGAAGACAAAGCAGGAUUAACCGACGAACAAAUCGCCGAUAACAUCAUCGGAGUAAUCUUCGCCGCAAGAGACACGACGGCGAGUGUUCUGACGUGGAUCCUCAAGUACUUAGCUGAUAAUCCAACUGUUCUAGAAGCUGUCACUGAAGAGCAAAUGGCAAUAAGGAAAGAUAAAAAAGAAGGAGAGAGUCUCACUUGGGAAGAUACAAAGAAGAUGCCAUUAACUUAUAGAGUAAUCCAAGAGACAUUAAGAGCUGCUACAAUCUUAUCUUUCACAUUUAGAGAAGCUGUCGAAGAUGUCGAAUACGAAGGAUAUUUGAUACCAAAGGGAUGGAAAGUACUGCCACUAUUCAGAAAUAUUCAUCACAAUGCUGAUAUAUUUUCGGAUCCGGGGAAAUUCGAUCCGUCGAGAUUCGAAGUUGCGCCGAAACCGAAUACAUUCAUGCCUUUUGGUAGUGGGAUUCAUUCUUGUCCAGGCAAUGAGUUAGCUAAACUUGAAAUCUCUGUUCUAAUCCAUCAUCUCACCACUAAGUACAGGUUGGUACACCUUCAAAAUGAUAAUAGUCCUUUUGGGAAUUGACAUUAUUUUGAGAAGUGUUUUCUGAUAAGGGGUGUUUUGGUAAUUUGCAGAUGGUCAAUCGUAGGGCCUAGCGAUGGAAUUCAGUAUGGGCCGUUCGCUCUUCCUCAGAAUGGAUUGCCUAUUGCCUUGGAACGAAAACCAUAGAUGAAUUACGAGAAUACCAUUUACCUUUCUUAAAUUAGAAAGUGAGGAAUUUUUUUUCUUAUUUAAGAGGAAAAUCUAAUUCUUUUUUAUAAUAGAAAUGAAAAGAAAGUAGAAGAAAAAAAUCCCAAGUGGGACCCCCCAAGUGUAUAUAAGUUUUAGUUUAUAAAAUGUAGAGAAUUAAAUUUUCGGAGAAAAAAGAGAAUUAGUUAUAUAAAUGUUCCAUGUGUAUGUAACUUGGUUCAUGCCUCUAUAUCUUUAUUUUUGUAAUUUUCUCAAAUUGUAAAUUCCUUUAUUACGAAUGUAAUGACUGAUGGAAUGCUCAUAGAGAAUUUCAGAAUUAAUCUUUUAACAAAAAAAAAUAAAAACAAUUCAGCAUUAGUCAUCGUUUUAAGUAACAGAACGAUAUGUUUACUAGACUUUAACUAAAAUCAAACGUUGAAAUUUG